AUGGCUGUUUUUGAUAAUCUGAGAAACUUCAUUCGCCAAGGCAAACAGGCCAACACUUCGUCGGCGCGCUCAUCCAACGGCAACGAGUUGUCCACCAGUCGAAGUGCAGCAAGUAAUGUAUCAAAUGAUCGUCGAGCGAGCACGUCUCCUGCAUCUGGAGGAACCAACGGGUCCAACUCACAGCGACUCGAGCCUGCCAAAAGUGUCCCCAUCAGCAAGUCCGCCAACUAUUCCUCAGCGGCCAAGAAAAUCGUCGAGGAGGAAUCCCGCGCGAGAAGCCACAUGCCCCAGUAUCCGGGUCUUGAACAGUAUCAACUGUUGGAGAAAAUGGGCGACGGUGCCUUUUCUGUUGUAUACAAGGCGAUCGAUACCCACACACAGCAGUACCGAGCAAUUAAGGUUGUAUCCAAAACUCGCCUCACGCAUACUCAAAGAGCGGCAGUUCUCAAGGAAGCGGCAAUCAUGCGCCAGCUCGAUCACGAGAAUAUUGUUAAGAUGUAUGCAUUCCUUGAAAGUGACGAGCGCUAUUUUAUUGUCCUCGAGCUGGUUUCUGGCGGCGAGCUGUUCCAUCAAAUCGUUCGUUUGACGUACUUUAGUGAGGAUCUCAGCCGCCAUGUCAUCGUUCAAGUAGCCCAUGCCGUCAGACACUUGCAUGAAGUCGCUGGAGUGGUUCACAGAGAUAUCAAACCAGAAAACUUAUUGUAUGCCCCAACAGACUUUGUUCCCUCAAAGAAAAGAGUUUUCAGAGCUGGAGACGACUCAUCGAAAGAGGAUGAGGGAGAGUUUAUACCUGGAAAAGGUGCCGGUGGGAUUGGUGUCGUGAAGCUGGCCGACUUUGGGCUGUCGAAAAUCAUUUGGGAUAACAAAACAAUGACGCCGUGCGGCACAGUUGGCUACACCGCGCCAGAAAUCGUCAAAGACGAGCGUUAUUCUAAAUCAGUCGACAUGUGGGCUCUUGGCUGCGUCCUGUACACCGUGCUCUGUGGCUUCCCGCCGUUCUACGAUGAGUCCAUCGAGGUACUCACCCACAAAGUCGCCAAGGGACAAUACACAUUUUUGAGCCCCUGGUGGGAUGACAUUAGCACAUCUGCAAAAGACCUGGUGAGCAAACUUCUUACUGUCGACCCAGAGAAACGAUUGACGAUUGACGAAUUCCUCCAGCACCCUUGGGUCACCCAGGAUGGCACCGUGCCGGUGGUCGAAAGCUCUGAGGUGAGCGCCCGUGCUGGGCAAGCCAUUGACGAGCGUCGUAAACGUGACCCAGCCAUCAAGGGUGCUCUCAAGGAUGCGUUUGAUGUUUCCAACGCCGUGUACCGCAUGGAGGAGGAAGCAGCUAAACGAGCCACAGGAGUACCAAGUAUUGUUGAAGAAGAAGAGGAAGAGGUUGAAGAGGGAAUGGUGGAGGACUUGGUUGCCGACGUCCGUCAAGCGUCGCUCAGCAGACAGACUCCUAGGAAGUCACGUCAAGAUCAGGAACGUGAACGGGAGCGGGAGCGGGAGCGGGAACGCGAGACGGCAAGAGCAGCUCGAGCAGUCCACCAACCUGAGUUCUUUGAUUUGCAUCUUGAAGGAGCUACGUUACUUGAACGGCGCCGCCGGCACAACAAGGAGCCUGAGCUGGUUGCAUAG